GGCCCGGGGGCGGGCCGGGGGCGUGGCCUGCUGACGCCCCGCCCCUCCCGGCCGGGCCGCGCUGCGGAACGAAGAUGGCCGGGCGCGCCGCGGGAACUGAGGAGUCACCCGCAGCGGGGGUGGCCGCCGCUCCGGGGCUGUGACCCGACGCGCGACAGCGACUCGGACACAGCCGGCUGGCUGCGCGCGCGGCCCCGCGCCGGACCAGCGGGCGGCGGGCGGGCGCCGGGGCUCGGGCGCCCGGCGGAGGAUGCACCGGGCGCGGCGGGCGGCUCCCCGCGGCCGCCCCCGCUCCUCGGGCCGCGGGCCGUAGUGCUGGCGGAGGAGGCGUCGCGCGCGGGGCGGCCGGGCGGCGGGGCCCGCGCCGUCAUGCCCUGGCUGAGCGGCGGGCGCCGUCGGCGGCGGGGCCAGGCGCGCGAGGUCCCGCGGGAGCCGCCGUCCGUGCAGACCCCGCGGGAGCCGCCCGCGCCCGCCGCGCCCCCCGCGCCCCCCGCGCCGCUGCGGGCCCGCGAGAGCGCCGAGCUGCCGCUGCCCGCCGGCUGGGAGGAGGCGCGCGACUACGACGGCCGCGUCUUCUACAUCGACCACAACACGCGCCAGACGUCGUGGAUCGACCCCCGGGACCGGAUAACAAAGCCCCUGACCUUUGCCGAUUGUGUCGGGGACGAGCUUCCCUUAGGAUGGGAGACGGUGUAUGACAAACAAAUCGGGAUUUAUUACAUGGACCACAUAAACAAGCUCACCCAGAUGGAGGACCCCAGAGAGCAGUGGCGGCGCGAGCAGGAGCGGAUGUUGAAAGAAUACUUAGUGGUAGCCCAGGAGGCUCUCAAUGCCAAGAAGGAAAUCUACCAGAUCAAGCAGCAGCGGUUCGAGCUGGCACAGGAGGAGUUCCAGCAUCUGCACAAAAUGUGUGAGGACGACAGCCGCUCCUACGCCAGCUCCUUCUCUGGAUAUUCAACGAAUACAAAGUACGACCCACACCAGAUUAAAGCAGAAAUAGCCAGUCGCCGGGAUAGGCUUUCCAGAUUGAAGCGAGAGCUGGCGCAGAUGAAGCAGGAGCUGCAGUACAAAGAGAAGGGGGUGGAGACCCUGCAAGAGAUUGACCGGAAGAUGUCAAACACUCACACCACCUACAAGCUGGACGAGGCGCAGGCCAUCAUGAACGAGCUCCGCACCAUCAGGAAGGCCAUCUGCACAGGCGAGAAGGAGCGGCGGGACCUGAUGCAGAGCCUGGCCAAGCUCACGGACGGCUUCAGGAACAACUUUUCUCUGGCCGAUCCGCUGCACGAGGCCCCUCAUCACCCCAGCGCACUGGGCAACUCCCACCAGUUCUGCGACGCCGGGUCUCAGACCGACAUCAUCGGGGAGUUUGUCUUCGACGAUAAAACCAGACUUGUGGACCGCGUGCGGCUGAACUGGCAGUACGAGGAGGCCAGGAAGAGAGUCUCAAAUAUCCAGCAGCAGCUGGCGCAGCUCGAGAACGAGUCGUGGCCCGGCAUGGCCGAGGCCGACCGCGACCGGCUGCAGCUCAUCAAGGAGAAGGAGGCACUGCUGCAGGAGCUGCAGCUCAUCGUGCAGCAGAGCCGGCCGGCGGAGGACGCGGCCCGCCUGGAGGAGGAGCGGCGGCGCCUGGAGGAGGAGAUCCAGCGCGCGCGGGCCACCUCCGUGCAGGGCGCCACCGAGAGGAUUCUACUUCAGGAGAAAAGAAAUUGCCUACUCAUGCAGCUGGAAGAAGCUACUCGCUUAGCAUCCUAUCUGCAGUCCCAGUUAAAAAGCCUGUCCGCCAGCACCCUGACGGUGUCUUCCGGGAGCAGCCGGGGGUCCCUGGCCUCCAGCCGCGGCUCGCUGGCCUCCAGCCGGGGCUCCUUGAGCUCCAUCAGCUUCACCGACAUCUACGGCCUGCCCCAGUACGACAAGCCGGACGCCGCCGAGUGCAGCCAGCUUCUGCGCUUUGAUCUGAUCCCCUUCGACUCACUGGGACGGGACGCCCCCUUCUCCGAACCCCAGGUUCCCCCUGGCUUCCAAAAGCAGAGGCGCUCCCUGGACACGCCCCAGUCCCUGGCGUCCCUGUCCUCCCGCUCCUCCCUGUCCUCCCUGUCUCCCCCGAGCUCUCCCCUAGACACGCCCUUCCUCCCACCCUCUCGGGACUCCCCCUUGGCCCCACUGGGGGACAGUUUGGAGGUGCCAGGCCUGGGCACCCUAGACAGACUACGGGCCCAGGCUGUGGCUCUGGGAGAGGAAGACUUGCAGGGCGCAGCGGCCCUGCCACCGAAUGCAUUCCCUGGGGAUGGGGAAGGACCUCGCGAGCGAGGACCCCAAGUGGCAGCCAUCGCCACUGGCACACCAGUGACUCUUCGGGAAGACGGCGCCAGGCGGCUGGAGAGGCGAGGGCGCCGCGUCUCGGCAUGCCUGUCGGACUACUCCCUGGCCACUGACAGCGGCGUGUUCGAGCCUCCGGCCAAAAGGACCGAAGAUGCCGAGGAGGCGGCCCAGGGGGACGCGCGCGCCGUGGAAGGGCCGCAGAUCCACGUGGGGUACUGGCACGACAGCGGCAGCGAGUGCCUCCUGGUGAAGGUGCUGCAGCUGCGGAACCUGGCAGGGCUGGCCGCGAAGGAGGACUGCAAGAUACACGUCCGUGUCUACCUGCCGUCGCUGGACUCCGGCACCCCAGACACUUACUGCUCCAAGGCUGUGGACUUCCAGGCGCCCCUGGUAUUCAAUGACGUGUUCAGAAUCCCCGUGCACUCAAGCAUGCUGACGCUGAAGUCCCUUCAGUUAUAUGUGUGUUCAGUGAACCCGCAGCUGCAGGAAGAACUGCUGGGCAUCGCUCAGAUUAACCUGGCCAGCUGCAGCGGCCCGAGUGAGAUGCAGCUGCGCUGGUACGCCGUCCAGGUGUUCACCAGCCCCGAGCCGCCCCGGCCCAAGGAGAGCCAGCGGGCCGACAAGAGCGGGGCCCGGGAGCCGGUGCCCACCGCUGCCGCCGCCGCCGCUGCCGCGACUGCUGCGGCGGCCGCCGCCGGGAAGACGGACGCGGUGACGGUGCUGCUGGCCAGAACCACGGCCCAGCUGCAGGCGGUGGAGAGGGAGCUGGCGGAGGAGCGGGUGAAGCUGGAGUACACGGAGGAGAUGGAGCGGAAGGAGGAGCAGACCGAGGCCCGGUCUGAGCGGAGCUGGCAGGCCGACUCGGUGGACAGCGGCUGCAGCAGCUACACCCAGACCAGCCCCCCGCACCCGGAGCCCUGCUGCAGCGGCGUGGACUCCAUCCACGGACACCCGAGCGCGGGCCAGGCAGAGCCUUACCACCCCGAGAGGCGCCAGCCCCCGCCUCUGAAGGUGGACAAGGAAACCAACACGGAAGACCUGUUCCCGGAAGAGCUGGUGAGCCUGCCAAAGGAGCGGCCCGGCCGUAGGGCCCGCGCCUCGCCGUUCGUCCGCAGCGGCACGAUCGUCCGCUCCCAGACCUUCUCGCCCGGGGCGCGGAGCCAGUACGUGUGCAGACUUUAUCGCAGCGACAGCGACAGCUCCACGCUGCCCCGGAAGUCCCCCUUCGUCCGCAACACUCUGGAGAGACGGACCCUCCGCUACAAGCAGGCCUGCAGGUCCUCCCUGGCCGAGCUCAUGGCCCGCACAUCCCUGGACCUGGAGCUGGACCUCCAGGCGUCCAAGACUCGGCAGAGGCAGCUGAACGAGGAGAUCUGCACCCUCCGAGAGCUGAGGCAGCGCCUGGAGGACGCCCAGCUCCGGGGCCAGACCGACCUCCCGCACUGGGUGCUGCGGGACGAACGGUUCCGGAGCCUGCUGAAGGAGGCGGAGCGGCAGACCAGACAGACCAAGCUUGACUUCCACCAAGAACAGGCAGCUGAGAAGAUGCUGAAGAAGGCCUCCAAAGGGGUCUGCCAGCUGCGGGGGCAGAACCACAAGGAGCCCGUGCAGGUGCAGACUUUCAGGGAGAAGAUAGCGUUUUUUACCAGACCAAGGAUUAACAUACCUCCUCUGCCCGCCGAUGAUGUCUGAUGUCAUGCUUUGUACACACCAAGUAUUUAUCUUCCUGUUUUAUUUUCAUGAAGUUCUUAGACUAGCUGAAGUUGUCUUUAAAAUAUUUGUGCAAAGCUAUUAAUAUACACAUUUUGUAAAAAAAAAACACACAUAUAUCUAUACAUAUAUAUUUUAUAAUAGCGACGGCAACAGGGCUUGGUUUUUCCUUGUUGUGAAACUGACAUCUCUGAAGACAAGUUAUUUUAUAAGAGAUCAACUAUCAUGUUAAGAGUGUACAGUUUUUACGCUGUUUUAUUUGAUUUAAAGGCUGGAAGACAGAAACGAAGUGAGUUCAGGCAAAUUCACUGUAUUGUAACUUAUUUAUAGUACUUUUUUUCCUUGAAGGAAAAUCCUGACUUUAAGAUGUAUUUUCAGGCUGAAACUGUGCUCUGCAGUAUUUGUCACGCAGUAGAAUGGAACUUGGGGCCGGGUUUGUUUCUGACACGGACAUGCAAACACUCUGUGCUAACUCGUCACUCUACCAGCCCCUCUGUGUGCCUUGAUUGUGUAUAUUGUCCACUGUCACACUCAUGUGUCCCGUUGAGACCCCACCUGGGGCUCAGCCGCAGAGCCCCCGUUUCUGUGUUGUGUCAGCACACGGUUCUGUGCUCCCCCCGAGUUUGAAGCUUUGGAAGCGACCCUGGCUGGGGCCUGCCUGUCCCCAGCGGCUGCCCACACUGCCCUGCGCCGCCCCGGGCAGCCCGCCCCUCUGGUGCACCCCAUCCGACCCUGACCUUGACCACCAGGAAGGCGGUGUGGGGCUCCCAUUCUACUGCUCUGCCAUGAAGGAAAGUGAAAGAGGCCUAGGAACGCGCUGUCACCAGCCAGUGACUCCGCCUAGGCGACAGCAGUCUGACCUCUGACUUGGGCUUGAUCUCUGAAGGCGCUUUUCUGGGGAAGGGAGCGCAUGCGCAUGCGGUGACUGCUGUCACCCAGUGUAGUUCGCAGGAGAGGAUGUGAGAUAUUUGAUGGAGAUCAGAAUCCUUCCCCCAGUACUGGAAUCUCCCCAAUAUUUCUUAAGCAAUCUUAGAAGUAGUUCACGAGAAAAUGUUUUAUGUAAGAAGAAUCCCAUUAUCCUUUUGAAAUGCCAAAUGACAUAAUAUUUUGCCUGAUGCAUAUUUAUUGUAUACGGAAUGCACUCUCCCUUCUGAGCCUCAGAGAAGUGAGCGAGGUGGUCACACGGAUUAGAGAAGGAAGCGGAACUAUCUCUGCCUGGAUUGCCUGCCCGCCCCCCCCCCCGGAAGUGCCCCCUUUAACCCACGUCCUUUCUUGUUAGUCUGUAAUCGCCCCUUGUAGAGCCCCCUCCCCUUUUGCAUUUAUUAAAAGUGAAUUUUGUAAAAGCAUUUCAUCGACACGCGACCUGUCACGGGCAACGGAAGUUGUCAGUGGUGGUAAGACUGAAGCUUUAUGCUUUGCACCCUCCUCCUCUCUCGCUAUGUAUCUGUGCCUCGGCUCCUGCUGGUUUUUGUUGUGUUUUGUAUUUUGGCUGAUUUCUGUGUCCUUGCCCACAACGGAGAGACAUGGCCCCUCCCUGCGCUGCUGAAACUCUCACCAACCACUGUCUGCCCCGGCCUCGGGGUGUGGGGCAGGCCACUGCCGCCUUGGGGUGCCCGGCUCCCUCACGUGGGGGAGUCCCCUGGCCGUGGCUCCCCGCGGGCCUGUGCGUUGAGGCCACUUUUCUGCUGCCCUCCCCCACCCCGCCUGGAGAGCCCGCUGCCCGCCUACAGCUCUCAAACCUCACCGCCCAGCGCCCACAGAUUGGCAUUCGGGGUGCCUUCCCACCCCAGGGCUUCACAGGAGCCCCAGAAGCAAGCGCAGGCCUACUGGUGUCUGUCUGAGGAGCACCCGGGGCCUCCCAGCCCCCCCUGUCCUGGCCCCAGAGGGCACAGCCAGCCGCAGCCCAGCGGGGCCAGGCAGGCGGACUCCAUUCAUUCAGGGACACUUCGUUCGACGCCACCCCCUCUCCCCCCUCCGCGUCAGAGAGCGAAGUCCUAUCGUCUUAAGGGGUGUCUGCAUCGUCUGUGCACCUGUCUGCGCGCCCCGGACACAGCACUGGGCCCCGUGCGGCAGUCCGGAUCCAGACCCGGGCAAAGGGAACUCCAUCUUCACCUGAUCUGAUCAUGAAACUGUUACCUCCUGUUGUGGGACUAAGUUCUAAUCAGUAGUCAUCUCUGUUCUAAUUGUGGCAUUUGUAUUGCUUGGAAGUAUUUCUUCUAUAAAAAUUAAACUAAUCUGCCUUAAGAACAAA